AACUUAAUUAAUUGACACCGUACCUUAAUUAAUUUUUGACUUUAUAGUUAACUCCGGAAAUCAUCUUCGAAAUAUAAAAAUUGGGCGGUUCAACUUUUUCUCUCUCCACUCAAAUUCAUUUUUCAUAAUUUCUCUCUCCUCUCCCUUCGCUGUAUCGAAUUCUUUCGUUUAUGGCGAUCUGAGAGGAAGAGAGACUUUCUGAAUCAGCACUUCAUUAACGAAGAACACCAAAUUAGGGAAUUCCGUGCUGAUUAUUUUCCUCUUUUUUAGCUCAAUUUUUGAAUUUUUUUGAAUUAUUGUUUCAUAAUAAUGGCUGCAUUGGAAUCCCUUGAUUCGUUCUUGUUUUCGGCUAGCCGAGCAUUCCUUAGCCCCUUUUCCGUUUUCGUUCAGAUCCAGGGAUGUUUAAUCUGUUUAGUUCUAGCAUUUGGGUGGGCCUGCGCUGCUUAUGUCAGGAAUAAAGAAAUCAAACGCAUGAAAAAUGAGCUGAGACGGGGAAAUACCUUUGGUUUCCUUUGUCAUGACAUUAAUGAGCUUGAGCACUCAAAUCAGGUCAAUCUGCCAAGAGUCACAGUUGUUAUGCCUUUGAAAGGAUUUGGAGAGCACAAUUUGCAUAACUGGAAAAGUCAGAUUACAUCCCUUUACGGUGGCCCUAUAGAGUUCCUUUUUCUUGUAGAAAGUACAGAAGACCCAGCAUAUCAUGCUGUAUCUAGACUUAUCAAAGAUUAUCAGGAUGAGCUUGAUGCUAAGAUUAUUGUGGCAGGCUAUUCAACUACUUGCAGUCAGAAGAUACACAAUCAGCUUGUUGGUGCGGAAAAAAUGCAUAAAGAUAGCAAGUAUAUUCUGUUUCUAGAUGAUGAUGUUAGGCUACACCCAGGAUCAAUAGGUGCUCUCACUGCUGAAAUGGAAAAAAAUCCCGAGAUUUUUAUUCAAACUGGAUAUCCGCUUGAUUUACCUUCUGGGAGCUUAGGAAGUUACUGUAUAUAUGAAUAUCACAUGCCUUGCUCUAUGGGGUUUGCUACGGGUGGAAGAACAUUCUUCUUAUGGGGUGGGUGCAUGAUGAUGCAUGCCGAUGACUUCAGAAAUGACAACUACGGCGUAGUCUCCGAACUUCGAGAUGGUGGAUAUUCUGAUGAUAUGACUCUUGCAGCUAUUUCUGGAGCUCACAAAAAACUCAUAACAUCUCCUCCAGUUGCUGUGUUCCCUCAUCCACUUUCAAGCGAUCUUAGUUUCUCGAGGUACUGGAACUACUUGAGGAAGCAAACAUUUGUUCUAGAGUCAUAUGUGUCGAAGGUCAAUCGGAUCAUGAACCGUGCAUUAUUUUCCGUCCACUGCUACUUCUCAUGGGGAUUUGUGGCACCAUAUGUCAUGGCUGUGAUACAUGUUGCGGCUUCACUCCGGAUGCGCUACGGAUCAUAUUCAAUUGAGGAUGAAACCCUUAUUUCUGGUGGGUGGUUAUUUGUGGGUUGCCUGGCCAUAUGCACUGCUAUCGAGUUGCUUUCCAUGUGGAACUUGACAAGGAUUGAAGUUCAUUUGUGCAACUUGUUGUCCCCCGAGGCACCGCCUUUGUCACUUGCAACCUACAAUUGGUGUCUGGUAUUUGUGGCGAUGCUUGUGGAUAACUUUUUAUAUCCUAUCUCUGCUCUAAGAUCUCACUUCACGCAGUCUAUUAAUUGGUCUGGUAUAAUAUACUAUCUGAAGGAUGGGAAAAUAUACAAGAUUGAUAGAGGAAAUGACAUCGGUCCAAAAUACUCAGACCUAAGUGGAAAGAAUUUGCAUGGGAAAAGGGGAUCUCCACCCAAAGUAUCAUUCAUCAGUUCAUUAGCAAGAACUUUAGUACAGUGGCGGCAGCCGAAAAAAUAUGAUGUGUAGGAUCAUUUAUAACAUGAAUGAUAGGUUGCAAUUAUUUUGGACAGCAAGGGACUUCGAAGCAAUAUUUUUUCGCGAAUACAACCCUCACAUGUCAAUUUGGCCAUUCUUCAUUGAUUGAUUCAUGCAUUAGGAUUCAUUUUUUUAUUCUUCAAUCGAUUGAUCUUCAUCUUCAGCUUCAGCUGAUUUUUUGUAAUUUAUAUCAAUAUCAUUCUGUAGUUUUGAUCAGUGUUAAAAUUUCCUUGUACCAUUGUAAAGUUACAAAUGUUCGAUUUUUCAAGCGUGAUAAAAUAGUUGUUUUGCUUAA